CGACCGCACACAGCUUAGGCGAGGCGGCUGGACCCUGGCAGAUCCCGGGGUGCUCGCUUCGGCGCGGCUGGGCGCCAAAUCCUCGUCGGGCGGGGCAGCGCGGGGUUCCCCCCCCCCCGGACCGGCGGUAGCGGGAGCAAAGGGGGCGCAGCGGGGCCCGGCGCUUCCCACCCCCCGGCCGCGGUGCCGCUGCCUGGCGGGCGAGCGAGUGAGCGAGCGGGGGCAGCUCCCCGCGGGCGGAAUGUGAGGCGCGCAGCCCGGCUCCGGGCAGCGGCGAGCGCUUCCCCGGGCAGCGCUUCCCCCUCCCCUCCCCCACCCCCGGGCACCCCCGCUGCGGGGCCGGGCACUGCCUGCGCUUCUCCGGUUGCGUCCCCUGCCCGCCGCUCGCCAUGAAGAAAUUCUCCCGCAUGCCCAAGGCCGAGGGGAGCGGCGGCGGGACGACGUGCGCUGGCUCCGGCGGAGCGGGCGCCGCGGGCCGGGUGCUCGCUGUGGGACGGCACCAGGUCACCCUGGAGGAUCUGCUGGCGGAAGGUGGCUUUUCCACUGUGUUCCUGGUGCGUACCCAUGGUGGAGUACGCUGUGCAUUGAAACGAAUGUAUGUUAAUAACGUGCCUGACCUCAGCAUUUGCAAAAGAGAAAUAACUAUUAUGAAAGAACUCUCUGGGCACAAGAAUAUUGUAGGCUAUUUGGACUGUGCUGUUAAUUCUGUUAGUGACAAUGUGUGGGAGGUGCUCAUCUUAAUGGAAUAUUGUCGAGCGGGGCAAGUCGUGAAUCAGAUGAAUCAGAGACUUCAGACAGGCUUUACUGAGCCAGAAGUGCUGAGGAUAUUUUGUGACACCUGUGAAGCUGUUGCCAGGUUGCAUCACUGCAAAACCCCAAUAGUUCACCGGGACCUGAAGGUAGAGAAUAUUUUGUUGAAUGACAAUGGAAACUAUGUCCUUUGUGACUUUGGCAGUGCCACUAACAAAUUCCUUAAUCCUCAGAAAGAUGGUGUUAAUGUAGUUGAAGAAGAAAUUAAAAAGUAUACAACACUGUCAUACAGAGCUCCUGAAAUGAUUAAUCUUUAUGGAGGAAAACCAGUUACUACCAAGGCAGAUAUCUGGGCACUUGGCUGUUUGCUGUAUAAACUUUGUUUCUUCACACUUCCCUUUGGGGAGAGUCAGGUUGCUAUUUGUGAUGGAAAUUUUACCAUUCCAGACAAUUCCCGAUAUACCCAUAAUGUACAUUGUUUGAUAAGGUACAUGCUUGAACCAGAUCAAGAACGGAGACCCAAUAUCUUUCAAGUAUCUUAUUUUGCCUUUAAACUUGCCAGAAAGGAAUGUCCAUUGUCCAAUAUUAAUAAUUCUCCUGUCCCUUCAACUCUUCCUGAACCCAUGACAGCUAGUGAGGCAGCUGCUAGAAAAAGCCAAAUAAAAGCCAGAAUAACAGAUGCUGUUGGACCAACAGAAACCUCAAUUGCACCACGACAAAGACCAAAGGCCAAUUCAAGCACUGCCACUUCUAAUGUGCUAACUAUCCAGAGCUCAGCAACACCAGUAAAAGUAUCGGUUCUUGGUGAAUUCGGUAACUGUGUGCAAAAAGGAACCCUAAGACCAGGAAAUGGACAAGAGAUUUUGUCCCAAGGGACCAAUCAGCACCCUCCACAACAAAAUAGAGUACUGCAGCAACUGCAACAGGGGGACUGGAGAUUACAGCAACUGCACCACUUACAUCACCAGCAACAAUUACUUCAGGAUGCUUACAUGCAACAGUAUCAACAAGCAAUGCACCAGCAAAUGGUCCAACAACAACUUACGAUGCAGUCUAUGUACCAACAGCAACCUUCCCUAUCCCAGUAUCCUGCCAUGGUGCAACAAUACCAGCAAGCUCUCUUACAUCAGCAGAUCCUUGCACAGCAACAUCAACAGCCACAGUCUCCUGAGUAUCUUACCUCUCCUCAAGAGUUCUCACCAGCCUUAAUUUCCUACUCUGCAUCGCUUCCAGCUCACGUUGGAGCAGUGAUGGAUUCUCCUUAUACUGCCAAUAGGUCAGCCGUUCCCGAUGCAGCGGCCGUUUCCAGUUACCCAAAGCAGAACAUCAAUAACCCACCGGACAUGUCAGGCUGGAACCCAUUUGGAGAGGACAAUUUCUCCAAGCUAACAGAGGAGGAGCUACUGGACAGGGAAUUUGACCUUCUGAGAUCAAACAGGCUCGUGGAGAGGAGAGCAUCCUCAGAUAAGAAUGUGGAACCACAUUCUGCUCCACAGAACCAUCCUUCUGAAGAUCCCUUUGGUUCUGUACCUUUCAUUUCUCACCCAGGUUCUCCGGGAAAGGCAAUUGACAAUUCAGCCAGCAGUCAAGAAAAUAAUUUACGGAGCCCAAACAAGGCUGAAAAAUCAAGUCAAGCCUCUCGAGAGCACCAUUCAGGAAGAAAAACGGCAGGGGGACAAGUGCAGAAAGGAAGCGAUGAGUCAGAGAGUGACUUUGAAUCUGACCCUCCUUCUCCCAAGAGCAGUGAGGAAGAUGAAGAGCAGGAGGAUGAAGAUGUCUUACAGGGGGAGCAUGGAGACUUUAAUGAUGACAAUGAUACAGAACCUGAGAACUUAGGCCAUCGGCCUCUCCUUAUGGACUCUGAAGAUGAGGUGGAGGAAGAGGAGGAAGAAAAGCAGAGUUCUGAUUCUGAUUCCGAUCACACCAAGGGAAAGCCCAUGGAAGGGAUCCCUUGCACUAGAUACAGAGAGGUGGGUGGCAGUCGUGAAGACAAAGAACCGAAUAUAGCACUCUAUUCCUUGCCUGAGUUACCAAGUACUGUGGCCAAGGUGAGCCCUGGCCAAGAAUUUGAUGUGUUUGGGGCUGUCCCCUUCUUUGCUCUUCAGACUCAGCAACCUCAGCCAAGAGAAGAGAGUGACACAGAUUUCUCUCCUCAGCCUGCUUUUCUCAGCCUGAGGCAAGAGCAGGAUGACUUUGAUGUCUUCACUAAAGCCCCAUUCAGCAAGAAGGUGGCCCAGCCAGAUGGCCUGGUUGUAGGAGCUGAGACCCAAACCUCCCCUACUUCUCCCCGAAGUGUGGAUAUUUUUGGCUGCACCCCUUUCCAGCCUCUUCCCACCCCAAAGAGCAGUGAAAGCGGAGAGGACCUCUUUGGACUUGUCCCCUUUGAGGAGAUUACAGGGAGCCAGCAGCAACAGAAGGUGAAGCAGCAGCGGAACCUGCAGAAACUCUCCUCCCGGCAAAGACGCAUGAAACAGGAGGUGCCCAAAAGCAAUGGGAAGCGCCACCAUGGCACCCCGACCAGCACCAAGAAGGCUUUGAAACCCAGCUACCGCACCCCAGAGAGAUCCCGCAGGCACAAAAAAACUGGCCGCAGGGACUCCCAAAGCAGCAACGAAUUCCUAACGAUCUCAGACUCCAAGGAAAACAUAAGUGUUGCAUUGACUGACAGCAAAGAUCGAGGCAACCCUUUGCAAGCGGACGAGAAUCUGCUGGACCCCUUUGGAGCCAAACCUUUCCACCCACCAGACUUGAUGCGGAACCCACAACAUCAAGGACUGGGUGACAACCGUGGGGACCAUAAUAUAGUAGUGCCUGGUAGACCUAGACAGAGCUCCCUGCAUGGGACCGUUCACAGUGGUGAUGGGCUAAAAACAGAUGACUUUGGUGCAGUGCCCUUCACAGAACUGGUUGUGCAGAGUGUAACACUACAGCAGGCCCAGCAGCAACAGGCAUUAGAGUUAGAUCCGUUCGGGGCAGCUCCAUUUCCUUCCAAACAGUAAAGGCUUCCACCAGAUUAUUUCUCGCUCUCUGCACUAUUUAACUUUGUUUUUAAAUAGUGUAAUAAUCCAUCUGGCUGAAUUGACAGGGAAAAUGAUUUUUCGUACCGUUUAUUCAGCCUCGGUACUGCAUGCCCAGCUCUCCCCCAAAAUUUAAAAUCAUGUGUUUUUGUAUCAUACAAAACACCCAAAAAAAGGAGGAAGCAUUUCAAUAGGACAGCACAUUUCCAGAGGAAUCAGAUGUGAGCUAUUAUUUCAGCCACUGACUUUGUAGCCAUGAAAUAUACUGUUCGGCACUUUUGCAUAGCCUUUCCACUCAUAGGCAGUGCAAGGGGAAAAACCACGGAAGAAGGUCUGCCAUGAUGGAUCCAGUAAGUCUGAUGGAAUGGAAUCCUUCUAUGAUACAAACCUUUGACUCUCUCUGAGACCUGAGAUAAUAUGUAUCUGCUGGUAUCCAUGGUCUGCUGGAAAUUCUUCAGUCUCCACCUUCUAAAUGAAAAAGCUCUUUUCUAAUCCUAACAAAGAAACCUACUCAAAGGAUUGUGUGUCUCAAGAUUGCAGAGCAUGGCGGUGGCUUGAGAACUAGUGCACAAAUAGAGGUGAAAGGCAAUUUUUGUGUGCCUGAACAUUAAUUUUUUUACAAUAAGUGCCAUUAAUGUAAAAUAGCAAAAUGAAAGUCGAGAGUUAAAACUAAAGAUAUAGAGAAUAUAUUGGUUUGCUAGAUAAAAUCAUGGGUAACAAAGUAGCAGGGAUACAGCCAGCAUUUGCAGCACUUUGAAGACUACACAGUACACUUGACAAGAGGGGCUGAUUAACCUGGAUGCCAUGUCUAGCACAGCAGGAAUAUAUCAGAUCAUCAGUAAAAUUGGCAGCAAGUGCAAACACGUAAAGAUUACAGAUUGGUUUUGUUCAAUUAUUAAUUAGGGUGUGCAUCUGAAAAGACCACUUCUUUCUCUUGGAUUUUUAUUCCAAACAAAAUCUGUGUAUACCUUAGAAACUGUUUUUAAACAACAACUAUGAAAUUGUCGCAUAAUAUUCUUUUCAGUUCUGA